GGUCUGGAUUUUUUUCUUCUAGAGAGUUUUCUCUCUCUAGCCAUGGCAGGGAGAGGACGACCAAAGAAGAAACAACAACCUGCUAAUCCGAAACAGCGAAAUGAAUCGGAUAAGCCUGAAUCAUCGAUUUCCCACACUAGGGAUGAGAUUGAGCAAGAGGCACCUAUAACGUCAAAUGCGAUUCAGCGUGACCUAGAAGAAGCAAUUGAACAGACGUUACCAGAUGGGAUUCAUAUGGAAGAAGGGCCAGAGGUGAAAUUGGACGCUGAGCCUAUAUCCUAUGCUGAGGCUGUGGGUAAGGUUGAUUGUAAGCUCACCUACAUUGAAGCAGAAGAGAUGAACGGGAAUAGGUAUGCUCGAAUAACUGAAGAUGAUAUUGUAACCUCUGCGACAUACUGGGAUUCAGCAGCAGUGGUAUGUAUUUUGGGAGCGAAUCCACCUUUAUCUAUUGCUGAGGGUUUUAUUCGAAGGAUCUGGAAGGCUUUUUCAAUUGAUGAGAUUAAAUUUUCUAAACCUGGACAAUAUGUUGUGCGUUUCCACUCUGAAGAUAAAAGGGAUGAAGCAAUCAGUAGGACUUACUACCAGUUUGACAAUAAGCCAGUUUAUGUUCGUAAAUGGAAACCUGGGUGCACAAUUGACUUGAAUGCUCUCAAUGAUAUCCCUAUAUGGGUACAACUCCCAGAUCUAGAAUUGAAAUACUGGAGCUUGUCAGGACUGAGUAAAAUAGGGAGCCUAUUGGGGAAACCCAUUAGAACAGAUAAUGCUACUGCAACAAAGACUAAAAUGGAGUAUGCAAGGCUGCAAGUAGCAGUAGCUAUGAAUCAACAAUUUCCGGAUAGGUCACCUGCACCCAUUGCAAAGGGAAAGGACAUACUCAAGCUACGUGUAGGCGGAAAGAGGGACAAAGUAAACAGAGAUUAACUUGGAAGCCUAAAAACACACAGAAGGAUCAAGAGGAGAUGAAAAUGACAAAAGAAAAGGAGGAGGUAGUG